CUCCAGCGAGAGGUGGAGGGGAGGGAGGAGCGUUCUCCCGUAUUGCGCAGGCGCAUCGCGACGGCGACGCCUCCGCCACAGGGGCUGCCGGGAAGUCCCUUCCUGAGCGGGAGGCCAUAGGCGGAGACGUCGGGGGGCUGCCGUGACGUCAGCGAAUAAGGAAAGGAGCGCGCUGAGGCGUCUGCUGCCCGGACCCGGCCAUGGAAGCGGCGGAGCUGGAGCAGGAGGCGGUGAAGUUCGCGCAGAUGGCGGUGCAGCGGGACCAGCGGGGCCACUAUCACGAAGCGGCCUUUUACUACAAGGAAGCUGCACAGUCUUUGAUUUAUGCUGCAAUGGCAGGAUCAGUCUUGGAAAAUAUUCCAGAGAAAAUAAGUGAAUAUUUGGAAAGAGUUCAAGCCUUGUACUCAGCAGUGCAAAGAGUCGACCCCUUGAAGUCGAAGCAGCAGCUGGACUUGGAGCGGGCCCGUUUCCUGGUUACGCAGGCUUUUGACGAAGACGAGAAAGGCAACAGCGAGGAAGCGAUAGAGCUGUACACGGAAGCCGUGGAACUCUGCCUGAAAACGGCCAAUGAAACUUCAGAAACAGCUCUCCAGGCAAAACUGAAGCAGCUGGCUCGGCAGGCACUGGACAGAGCUGAAGCGCUGAAGGAUUCAAAGCCAUCUCAGAAAGACAAGCCGGUCCCAGCGAAACCAAAUCAGCAAGCCCGGACUUACUUUCCAUUAGGGCCUGAUUUUUCCUUGAACGAUAAGCCACAGGCAGUCAGAGCUGUGCAGGCCAGUGAACCUCAAGGUCAGCGAUACACCGCAGAGGAGAUUGAGGUGCUCAGGAAGACGUCAAAGAUCAAUGGCAUUGAGUACGUCCCUUUCAUGAGCGUUGACCUCAGAGAGCGUUUCGCUUUUCCAGUACCUUUCUCAGAUAGAUGUGGCAAGCUGCCGUUGUCUCCCAAGCAGAAAGCAAUGUUUUCCCGCUGGGUGCGUCCCGAUGAGAUAACAAACAGCCCCACCAUGAUCUACACAGUGUCGAGCUUCAGCAUAAAACAGACAAUCGUGUCAGAUUGUUCCUUCGUAGCUUCUCUUGCUAUCAGUGCGGCAUACGAAAGACGAUACAACAAGAAGCUGAUUACCAGCAUUAUUUAUCCGCAGAAUAAAAAAGGAGAGCCGGAAUAUAAUCCGUGUGGAAAAUACAUGGUUAAGCUGCAUAUCAAUGGGGUUCCUCGGAAGGUGAUAAUCGAUGACUUCCUACCAGUGGAUCACAGCGGAGAACUUCUCUGCUCUUACUCCAACAAUAAAAGCGAACUCUGGGUUUCCUUGAUAGAGAAAGCUUACAUGAAGGUCAUGGGAGGUUAUGAUUUUCCAGGAUCAAAUUCUAAUAUUGAUCUCCAUGCGUUGACUGGCUGGAUACCUGAAAGGAUUGCCAUGCACUCAGGCAACCAAUCGUUCGACAAAGACAGUUCCUUCAGGAUGCUUUACCAAAGAUUUCGCAAAGGGGACGUGCUCAUUACAACGGCGACGGGAGUGAUGACUGAGGAGGAAGGAGAAAGGUGGGGUUUAGUACCAACCCAUGCCUACGCUGUUUUGGAUAUCAGAGAAUACAAGGGGCUUCGAUUCCUCCAGCUGAAAAAUCCCUGGAGCCACCUCCGCUGGAAGGGAAGAUACAGUGAAAAUGAUAUGAAGAACUGGACCCCGGAACUUCAGAAAUACUUGAAUUUUGAUCCCAGAACGGCCCAGAAAAUAGACAACGGGAUUUUCUGGAUUGCCUGGGAAGAUCUGUGCAAGUAUUACGAUGUUAUAUACUUGAGCUGGAACCCAAGUCUUUUUAAAGAAUCAACAUGCAUUCACAGUACCUGGGAUGCAAAGCAGGGUCCUGUGAAAGAUGCAUACAGCCUAGCUAACAACCCACAGUACAAACUGGAGGUUCAGUGCCCACAAGGUGGGGCUGCCGUUUGGAUCCUGCUCAGCAGACACAUUACGGACAAGGAUGACUUUGCUCACAACCGGGAGUUCAUCACAAUGGUGGUAUACAAAACAGAUGGGAAAAAGGUUUACUAUCCUGCCGACCCUCCUCCGUAUAUCGACGGGAUUCGAAUCAACAGCCCCCACUAUCUCACCAAGAUCAAGCUGACCUCUCCGGGAACCCAUACGUUUACUCUGGUGGUUUCUCAGUACGAAAAGCAGAACACAAUUCACUACACGCUCAGGGUGUAUUCAGUGUGCAAGUUUAAUUUCUGCAAGAUCCCGACACCGUAUACCAUAUCCAAACGGGUAAAUGGGCAGUGGAAAGGUCAAAGCGCUGGCGGGUGUGGGAAUUUCAGAGAGACCGCCAAGAACAAUCCUAUUUACCAGUUCCAGUUGGACAAGACCGGCCCCCUCCUCAUUGAGCUACGAGGACCAAGGCAAUACAGUGUUGGCUUUGAAGUGGUGACCGUCUCUACAGUGGGAGAGCAAGGCUUUCAGAAGAAAAACAGCGGCGAUUACAGGUGUGGGUUUUGCUACCUGGAACUUGAAUGCGUCCCUGCUGGCAUAUACAAUAUUAUCCCAAGCACUUUCCUCCCUCAGCAGGAAGGACCUUUCUUUUUGGACUUUAAUAGCGUUACCCCUCUUAAGACAUCACAGCUGCAAUGAAGUCACCCAUCUCUAUGACUCUCUUGCAAUGGAUGCGGCAAACCCAACACCUUAAGACUCUAAACGCUGGAGGGCAAUCGAAAGAACCUACCUGAGUGGGGAAAAAUGUUUACAUGGGCUGUGCAAAACAAAUCUGGACUUUCUCAAAGGGAAUUGCACCCUCAAGUUGGAGCAGGUAACCAAUGCUGUGGAUUGAUUUUGAACACCUACAAGUUUCUACCACGUAUGCACUUUUAUAAGGACAGAUGGUCGUUGUCCAUAGGGAUCUCUUAAAGCAAGAGUGGAAACCAAGUUUCUUCUCUUAGCCUAGAAGUGGCCAACUGGAGGGCAGGCCAAGGGAAUUGCUUCUUUGUCUAUAAUGUCCUUGCUUUUUGCAUGGCUUUGCUUCUGAGAAUAUUUUCAUCACGUUUGGGCUUUAAAAUGUCUUUCCCACCAACUCCCCUCCUUACAGCUUUGGUUUUUCCAAAUACACCAAUGAAACAGCUCAGGUCGUAUCUGUCUUGAAUCAGAGAUGGCUGUACAUGUUGAAAUACUUCCUUGGCUCUUUGCUGCAAGGGUGAGAACCUGUGGCCCUCCAGAUGUUUUGGAACUAAUAAUAGUAUUAUUAUAUUAUUAAUAAUAAUAAUAAUAAUAAUAUCCUGCCAUGAGGACUGGGAGAAACCCCUGCCUGAAAUAGCUGUUGGUUUAGCUCAGGGUGGAUAAAAAUCAAUGAUAUUUUUUUUAAAAAAAAAAUCAAACUUUUAAAAUAAAAUGCUUUUGGAGGAAAAAUCUUUCUAAAGAUAGUUUUCUAUUUAAGUUACAUUAUAGUCCAAAGGCUAUUCAUCAGGAAAUAAGGAUUUAAGUUUUUCAUGUGUGUUAAACUCAGUCUAAGUUUUCUUUUUUUAAAAAAAUUGUUUAACCACAUCAGUUAACAAAUAUGGAUACAUAUGCUAUAAUGUUAUUGUUUUAGUUAAAUAAAUUGUUAAGGAAAUGAUUAUUUUUCUACUUCCAAUAAAGUACAGCAGAAAAGUUGUCCAAAUAUAAACAAUUACAUUUCAUAAUUA